AUGGAAGCUCAUACCGAUCUAUUGGCAGGUCUAUUACGAUUACACGAACAAGCACCAUUCAAUGACAUCACAGUGGUAGUGAUCACCACGUCAGAACCUCCAUCGGAAGUGGUGACCCAUGGGGUGCCCACUAUAUACUUUAGACCGUAUACUCAGGAUGAAGUUACGGCCAUUUUACAGGGUAAACAAUUUGUUGAAGAGGCUAAAUUAAGUGAUGGUCGUGCUGAAAAUUACCUUGAAUUCUGGAACCAAUUCGCAAAAAUGGUGGUCGACCUAUUUUUCUCAUACACGGGUUCAGAUGUUAGUACUCUUUUAGAUAUCGCCCUGAAGUCAUGGCCCAAGUUCAUAGCCCCUGUUGUCGAAGGAAAGUAUCCUGCUACAGAUUUCUUGAGAGUGUAUCGAGAUUUGAAGGACGUGAUAUUUACAGACGAAGUAUUAACUAACAGUGCCAUUAAAGAUUUUUCGGUCGACAACAAUGACAACGACGACAACGACAUCGCACGACAAUACCAAGGAAGCGAUCUUCCUGUUCAUUCCAAGUUCUUACUUAUAGCAUCCUAUUUGGCAUCUUUUAUUGACCCAAAGAAUGAUCUACACUAUUUCUCCAAAUUGAAGGCCGUUAGAGGCAAUUUACUUCGAAAGAACUCCAAAGUCAAAAAGCUUCUGACUGUAGCCAAAGAAGAUAUCGAUACCCGAUUAUUACAACCGAAUUUCUUUGAAUUGGAACGGUUGUAUGCCAUUGUAUCGGUGAUAUAUCGAAAUGAAUCGAAACUGUUGAAUAAGUUCAACGAUAAACCACAAUUUAUUGAAGAUUUAUCCGAACGAGAAAUCCAUAGGAGAGAAACAGAACAUGCCAUGUUCACUUUAAGUCGAAACGUGGACCUAAACUCACAACUUGCAACCCAUUUCUAA